GCGUGAUGAGCGACCCGAGGCGUCGAUGAACUACACUUCCCAUGCUCCUAAGCGAUGGAAGUGAUGUAAAGAGCAGACAGAAUUGGAGGGUUCGGGUAAAAAUGGCUGAAUAUUUAGCUUCGAUAUUCGGGACUGAGAAGGACAAGGUUAACUGCUCUUUUUACUUUAAGAUCGGGGCCUGCCGGCACGGGGACCGGUGCUCCCGGCUUCACAACAAACCGACUUUCAGCCAGGUUCCUCCCCCAACCUUCAAGCCCUUCUCCCAGGAUUUUGGCCACGCCCCCACCAUAGUGCUGCUCAACCUGUACCGGAAUCCACAGAACACCGCCCAAACCGCAGACGGAUCGCAUUGUCACGUGAGCGACGUGGAGGUGCAAGAACACUAUGAUAACUUCUUCGAGGAGGUGUUUACGGAACUGCAGGAGAAGUACGGGGAGAUUGAAGAGAUGAAUGUGUGCGACAACCUGGGGGAUCACCUCGUAGGCAAUGUCUAUGUCAAGUUUCGGCGCGAGGAGGAUGCAGAGCGGGCAGUGGCUGAACUCAAUAACCGCUGGUUCAAUGGGCAGGCUGUGCAUGCCGAGCUGUCUCCUGUCACCGACUUCCGGGAGUCAUGCUGUCGGCAGUAUGAGAUGGGGGAAUGUACCCGGGGUGGCUUCUGCAACUUCAUGCACCUGCGACCCAUCUCCCGGAACCUCCGGCGGCAGCUCUACGGGCGGGGACCCAGGCGCAGGUCACCCCCAAGGUCUCAUACUGGCCACCGUCCCCGUGAAAGAAACCGACGACGAUCCCCAGACCAUCAGCAUGGCCGCUUCUGAGACUCUGGCCCCGUUGCCUGCCAUCCUGUUGCCUGCCAUCACUUCCUGGCCUGGAUACCUCCUCAAAGCCCCCUUAACUUCCUGGUGCCAUCUUCCCCAUGCUCCAGGGCUCCAUGAUAUAAUCUGUUCUACACAGGGACCUUCUCCUACUGCCCCUCCCCUAAUAAAGUUCUGUAUUGAGGGUUUAGA